UAUGCGCAAUCGUAGUGAAAGCGUUCCGUAUAGCUAGUCUAUCUAUCUCCAUGACUCGACCUGCGGAAGAACAACGAUUGAGAUCAAACGCAAAUAGAACACGUCUACCUAUCGGAUUCUACCCGCCUCGCUCGGGUCACCAAUUGCCGAUCCGUCACCUAUCAACACUUCGUUUCGUCUUAUCUCAUCAUUCAUCCCUCAUCCUCUCUGUCGUUCCCAUUGUUCACCUACCUCUGACCUGUUUUCCAUGUAUUCUCUCCCUUAAGUAGCCAUGGUUGUCGCUGAACAACUCGUUAUAACCCACAAAAAGACGCGCAUCGUCUCCGUCGUUGCUGCUACCGUGAUAGCCCUCGCCUGCGGGACCAAUUAUGCCUACUCAGCAUGGGCUCCUCAAUUUGCCGAUAAACUGCAGCUCUCUGCAACCCAGAGCAAUGUCAUCGGCACAUCUGCGAAUCUCGGAAUGUAUGUCUCGGGUAUACCCAUGGGCAUCAUAACCGAUCGAAAGAGUCCUCGACUGUCCGGCCUCAUUGGCAUGGUCGCGUUGUUUGUGGGCUACUUCCCCAUUCACCUUGCAUAUGAUGGAGGUGUGGGAUCCAUGAGCGUGGGCUUAAUCUCCCUGUGCUCCUUUGUAUCGGGACUAGGGAGCUGCGCGGCAUUCCAAGCUGCCCUGAAGACUGCUACCCUCAAUUGGCCCACACAUCGCGGCACCGCAUCUGCGUUCCCUCUAGCUGCCUUUGGCUUGAGCGCCUUCUUCUAUACCCUCAUUGCAGGCAUCGCUUUCCCCGGAAACACAUCCGGUCUGCUUCUUUUGCUAUCGUUUGGCACAUCGAGCCUCGUGCUUGUAUCACUACCGUUUCUACGAGUUGUAGACCACAGAUUUGGAGCUGCCUAUGCCGCUGUUCCUACUGCCGAUCGUGCGAGGAGAGACUCCAACCUUCUCCAUCGCUCAAGGUCGAAUGGCAGUAAAACGAGCAGCAAAUACAGAAGGUCUUCAUUGUCCCAACCAGAACAGAACCAAGACGAACAGGAUGAUGUCGAUUCCGAAACCUCGUCCCUUCUUUCCAUUCCGGGCGACAUUGUAUCCGAGGACAACGACGCAGCCAGUAUGAAGACGAAUCACUCACAUUGCUUAGAUAUAACGGGUCUUGCCUUGCUGUAUAAGAUUGAGUUCUGGCAGCUAUGGAGCUUGAUGGGUCUGCUGACUGGAGUGGGGCUAAUGACUAUCAACAAUAUUGGCCACGAUGUCCAGGCUCUCUGGAACCAUUACGAUGCCACAUUAGACAAGGACUUCGUUGUCCAUCGCCAAUUGUUACACGUUUCUAUCAUAUCACUCUGUUCCUUCCUUGGCCGGCUGUCCUCCGGCAUCGGUUCCGAUAUCAUUGUCAAGAAACUCCAAAUGUCUCGCUUCUGGUGCGCUGCUAUUUCCGCCACCGUCUUUCUGCUCGCUCAGAUCUGCGCCAUCCGCAUCGAAGACCCACACUAUCUUUGGGCUGUUUCCGGCUUGUGUGGUCUUGCAUACGGCAUUCUAUUUGGCGUAUUACCUUCGCUAGUUGUGGAUGCGUUUGGGCCGGACGGUUUCGCAGUGAACUGGGGUGUCAUGACGCUGGCCCCAGUCAUCAGUGGAAACGUUUUCAACCUCUUCUACGGGGCUGUGUAUGACUCCUAUUCGGAAGUCCAGCCUAGUGGCGAACGUAAUUGCGACGAGGGCAUUAUCUGUUAUCGCGCAGCAUACUAUGUCACGCUCGUUUCCAGCGUCCUCGGGCUGCUGGCUUGUUUCUGGGGCAUUCGCCAUGAGCAGCAUGCUCGAAGGAAAGAAGAAGCGGAGCAUGAGGGCCAUCGUGACGCUUGA